GUUCUUCGAUGAGCAGCCUGAGGCACCCACGUGCGGCAGUGCUAGUGCCAAGGUGCUUCUCACCUCUUCGGGUUUGCAGGACGCCUCCAAGGAGCAGUUCCUGUCGCUUGUGGCCAGGCUGCCUUUGGACCUGCAAAGCCUAAAGGUGGUGUCCUUGGACGACGCGGCCUUUUUGUCGGAAGGCUUCUGGGAUGCAGCAAAUCGGGACUUUGCAGCCCCGGACCAGUUGAAUUACUUGAAGGUCCAGAGCAGCACUGAGCUGGGCAUGGUUCAAGAAGCCACUCAAGGCUUCAAAGGACUCCGAGCCGGUCGUGCGCCUGCCGUGGACGACACCUUCCUUGAGCUGGGCAUCCUUCCGAGCUCCAUUUCCCAUCUCGGCGCCUUCGACCAGUGUGCCAGCGACGAGCAAAAGAGCGCGCUCUUCACGCUGCAGUCGCAGCACCGGGCACCAGAGGUCCCCAUGACCGCUGAAGACACGUCCUGCGUGGAAGAGUUGGUGAGCAAGAUUCAGGAGGCAGAUGUCCUGGUGAUGAGCGAGGGCAAUGUGGAUUUCUUGGCUUAUGUCUACAAGAAGUUUGCCCCGAAAUUGGGCCAAGCCAUUGUCGACCGGGUGAAUAGCGGUGAAGCCGUUUUCCUCGGUUUGGGUGCUGGCAGCGUUUUGGCGGGAAAGAGCACGGCGGCCGCUGGGCAGACGGGUUCACAGAUCCUUACGCAGUUGCUCAAGGAUGACUUGUCCGGCUUUGGCUUGGCCGGCAACUGCGCGGUCCGUCCCCACUGGGAUUCCGAUGCGCAGUGGUGGGACACGACCUCUGCCCUCUUCGAAGAUGCCUUUCGGAUUGAUUUCGUGGGGCUCCCUGACGGCAGCGCCCUGAUCUGCGGUUCCGGUUCCGGCUGCAAGUUGAGCGGCGAUGCAGCAGUGGCGAAGCUGAGUGGUGCAGAUCACGGGGGGUUGCACCGUGGCAGGGUGCACUUGGCGAUGGAUGAGGCAUUUGAUUGA